AUGGAUGACUUGGAGAGUGACCCGUACGAAUCGGGACAAAACUCUGAGAGAUCCGAUAUCUCAGGUGAUAAUGAUAGUCAUCAGGAAACAGAGUUGCAUGACAACUCUGUUAUUUCUUUAGAGACAGAAUCUGAUGGAGAAAGAUUUGAUCCUACAGAAGGUGAGAAUUCAUUCUCGCUUGAUGGCAGCAUGGCUGCUUAUUGUCAGAAAUAUUUUUAUCAACAUCUGACAGAAGACAGCAUCAAACGUAACAUUUUAGAUGCUACCCCUGUGCCUGCAAAUGCUUUCUGUACACCUCCCAAAGUUGAUGAUUUUGUGGAGGAUUUCAUAGAUUUUAAUGCUAUGAAAUUUUUGAAAAUGCAGGAUAAAAGCCUGACAUUUAUUCAAAAGAAAAUCGCUCAGAUUAUGGGGCCGUUGGCAAAAAUCUGGCAGGCUGUAGAUGAGGCACGGAAGGGUCAGGAAGAGAAUUCAGAGUUCACAGUUCUCGACAUGCUGACACUGGUAGAACAAACAGUUGUUUUGGUUGGCCAAGCUAAUGCCACUUGUUUGUACGAGCGGCGUGUUAAUUUCCUGGCGAAAAUAAUGAAAGGUGUUAAGAAAGAGAAAGAACAUCUUAAGACUAAUGAGCAUGAUUUGAGUAGAGAGAAGGAUGUGCUCUAUGGUGAGACAGUAUUUAAGACUUUUGACAGAAAGAGCAAAAGCAGAAAAAGAGCCAGAGAUCUCUCUCAAGAAAUGCAAUCAAAAAAGAGGCACAUAGACCAGACAUCCCAACCGCCCUUUCGUGCAGGGCCCUCAAGUUGGUAUGGAAAUCGUGGGGGCAGACAGUCUACAUGGAUGUCGAAACAAGGUAUUCAGAGUAACAGAAAACCUGUGCAGUCUAACUACAAGAUUCCAAAGAAACCAAGAUCAGGAGAAAACAGGUAUGAAAAUUACCAAUGGUAUUCCUUUCGUUAUCGGACAAACAACAAAAAUAUCAAGUCUGAACAACCUAUAUGCCUCAGUGACACAUCUCAGGUUCAAAGAAAUUUGUCAAGACAAAAUACCCCAAAAUUGCUCUUUGGAAUCUAG